UCUCGUCAUCGCGCCGGCGGCUGCCCCCGUCUCCACUCUCCCGGUCUCCCUUCAGUCCCUCCUCUCCCCUCCGACAGGCUCUCCCCUCAACCUCUGGCCCUAUCGGCCUCUCCUCCGCUUCUGGCCUCCUGGCCGCCCUGUAGGCGCCCAGCGCCCUCCACGGCUGCUGUCGGCGCCUCCACUCUCCGUUCCUCUUCGUUGCGCACGGCAGCAGUAGGGGCCCUGAUGGGAGCGAGGCACGCAUCGAACAGUCAGGGCAGUAGGUGCUAGGAUGGCCUGCAGCGGCAACGGUGGCGGAGCUCGGUUGCAACGGCCACGGCGAAGCUGUUCGAGGCAUCGGUUGCAAUAGCCACGAUGAAGCAGUUGGAGGCAAAGCGAGCGACCUAGCUAGCGCGUUUGGUUCUUGGGUAUACUAGGACCACGCCUACCUGCUUGAACGCGUUGACUGCUACGGCGGCUAUGCAGGAUGGCCGCGGCGAGCUCCGACUAAAGCGGGGAGGCUAUCUAGAGGGCGGGGGCAAGCCGUAGGGAUGAGGUAGAGGAAGAGCAGCUCACGGGGAUGUGGAAGAGCAGGUCAGCGGGGUCGGAGGUGCUCGAAAGGUGAUGAAAUCAACCAUGGCGGCCGGCGGGUCCGAGGUUGAAGACGCGGUCAAUUCGGUCGUCUUGGGUUGUCCCGGCUCAUGAUCUUCCUCGGAGAGGGCGGGCGAGUCGUGGCGGAGCUCGUGGACACGUCGGUGCACCGAGAUGCUGGCGGUGGGUACGCUAAUGGCGUGAGGCGUGCACUGGUGCUCUCGGAGAAGCUUGAGAUCGAGCGAGGCAGAGGGGAAAACAGAGCCACGAGAGAGGGGAAAGGACCACGGGGUCAUCCUCAUCUCCUGGGCGAGGAGGUGGACUUGGUGGAGGCUUCGCCAACGCGAAGCAGGAGGACGCACUCUCAGGUCGUGCGGCCACCUUCUCCUAUUGUUUCUCAUCUCGGUUCCCCGCCGUCCAGUGAUGCUUCAGCCGUCAACAACAAACGACUGCAUGCACUCUUAGAGGUUGUAUUGAGACUGAACCUCAACUUCCCAAGUGAUUUUCAAAAGAACCCAAAUCCUAUCGCACUGAAGGUUGUCGAGGGUUUCAGACACAAAGGAGGCUUAUAGCUCUGAACACCAAGUGCGUAUGUAAUUAUUAUUUAAUAGAGCUAUCUUUUUUGUUUUAUGCAUAU